GGCUCUCGUUCUUAUUUUCUCCUCGACGCCGAUAUCCACCGCCUGGAAAGCUACAAAUCAACGUCGUUCUCUUCUCCUCACGUUGCUCCAAUAUGGCAGAGAGUUCGUCGAGGAAGAACCUCAAACGUUCCUUCUUAGAAGAUGAAGAAUCCGAUAAACAACCCCCCGAGAAGCGAGUACGGUUUCCAAAGGGGAAAAAAUCUAAACCUGAACAGAUCUUAGGGGAAGAAGCUAUAGCUCGCCGCGACGCCCGUGAGGCUGCUGAGGAGCGUGCUAGGCAUCGUAAUCAGAAUACUGCUCAGCUCUUUAACGACAAUGAAGAUGAUAAUGACAAUAUUGAUGAGGCUCAGGAGACUUAUGAGAAUGAUGGGAACCGCACGGAAGAUGGGAUCCAAAUCGAAGCUUUUAGUCUGGACAGAGAGAAAGAGGAAGGUUACUUUGAUGCUGAUGGGAACUUUGUAGAAUAUGUUAGAGAAAAGGAAGUCAAGGAUGCAUGGCUUGACAGUAUUGAAAAAAAUCCAUUGUAUAUGGGAAGAUCUGCUGCGAAUGACACUGAGAAGGAUGAAGAUAGUGGAAACGAGAAAGCAGUGGAUGAACUUUCUCAAGAAGACAUUGGAGUCAGAAAGAGGCGCAUUGCUAAUGUCCUUGAACCAGGAGAAACGGUCCUGCGAGCUUUAAGGAGGUUGAAAGGGAACUCGAAUAAUCGCAAGGAGAAGAUGACUCCUGAGACGAAGCUUAUCUUUGAUCAGCUUACGGAGGAUGCAGACAAGCUCAUCCAGAACGGCGACUACAACGUUUAUCAUGAGGAGCAAGACGUUUUCCAACGUGAAGCAGAGGGAUAUGAGAGACUAGCUCAAGCGAGAGGAAAUACAGAAUCUUGUGAUAUGUUUGGCGAUGAUGAAAGUGCUCCUGAUCCUUCCUCGGAUCUACAGUCUGGCUCCAUCUCCGGCACUCAGCUCAACCCUACAAAUAAUGGAUCCGAUUAUGUGUAUGACGAAUCUUCAGGGUACUACUACAGCAGCAGCCUUGGUUACUAUUAUGACCCCAACACUGGACUUUACUGCUCUGGAACGACCGGAAAAUGGUACAAGUACGACGAAGAGACGAAGGAAUAUGAAGAAGUGGUUUCUGAAGUUGCUACUGGGGAAGUUUAAUGUCUCUAGUCUGUCUGUACUCUUCUUAACUAACACAAGGUCUUGAAAUAUUCCCCCAGUUAGACAUGGUUGUUUUUUAGUUUGGAAAAAAGAUAGCUCCUACAACAUGAGUUUAUAUAAAUAUGGAUUCGUAAGUUCCCUUAUUGAUUA